AAAUUUUAAAGAAAGGCCAUGUGAGUCAACUCGGUUGGGUUGAGAGGGGAGAUUCGGCAAAUGUAUAGCGAAAAGGAUCAAAAUCAAUUUUAGCACAUCUUAGCAUUUGAGGGACUGAUUUUAAGAACUUAGUAAACAAUUUUUUUUCUGGGUUAACUCGCUGUCUCCGAGUCCGCUCUACUGAGUUGCUAACUCACAAGUGUACAAUUUCAGACCAUCUUUCUCUCUCUCGAUCGACGGGGGAAUAGGGAGAGAAAAAGACCCAAAUUGAUUCAUAGAAACAAAGGCCCAUUUCCACUCAAAAAAUUCAAACCUUUUUCUCAGGGGCAUAUGAUCCGAUGGGAUAGAAAGUGGUAAAUACCCCAACGAUAACUGAAAUCAGCAGCAGCUGCUGUUCCAAACGCCAUGGCUCGACCACCACAUGAGUCAUGGGACUGCAUGCUUCCGGGGCCUCCCAGCCGGAACAACGGCGGAUCCGCCGACUGUCACCCCUCCGGUCUCCUCGCCUUCCCCUCCUCCAGCAGCGUCUCAGUCGUCGACUCCCGCUCAAUGCAACUCGUCUCCGUCCUCCCCAUGCCUCCUCCCACCGGCACCUCCUCCUCCAACACCAACUCCGCCGCCUCCUCCUCCUCAUCGUCUCUCUCCCCCUUCGUAACCUCUGUCCGAUGGGCUCCCUUUCCCCUCCCCCACGACCUCACUAACUACCAACACCUUCUCCUCGCCGCCGGAGACCGCCAAGGCCGCAUCGCCCUAUUCGAUUUCCGCCUCCGCUCCGUUCUCCUCUGGUUCGAGUCCGACCCCGCUUCCAAACCCGGUAUCCAGGAUCUCUGUUGGGUUCAAGGCCGAUCCGACUGGGUCCUCGCCUCUCUCUCUGGUCCUUCGCUUCUCUCUAUCUGGAACGCCUCCACCGGUCGCUGCAUCUGGAAGUACGACGUUUCGCCAGAGUUUUUCUCCUGCAUUCGCCGUGACCCUUUUGAUUCUCGGCAUUUAUGCGCAAUUGGGCUUAAAGGGUUUCUGCUAUCCAUCAAAGUUCUUGGGGAUACCGAGGAUGAUGUUGUGAUCAAGGAGUUUCAUAUUCCGAACGAUUCCUCGGAGUUGCAGAAGCUGGAGAGGGACGCCUCCGGCACAGCUGCUUCGUCACCGGCAUUGGCGGUAUUUCCUCUUUACAUUGUGCGUUUCAGUUUUUCUCCGCUGUGGAAGCACAUUUUGUUUGUGGCAUUUCCUAGAGAGUUGAUCGUGUUUGAUUUGCAAUAUGAGACGUCACUUUUUGCCGCGGCUCUGCCUCGCGGGUGCGGCAAGUUUCUGGAUGUCUUGCCGGAUCCGAAUAACGAGUUGCUGUAUUGUGCCCAUCUUGAUGGGAGGCUUAGCACUUGGCGACGGAAAGAAGGAGAACAGGUGCAUGUGAUGUGUACCAUGGAAGAGUUGAUGCCCUCAAUCGGUACUCCUGUGCCUUCUCCUUCCAUUCUUGCUGUCGUUAUAUGCAAGUCAGAUUCAACCCUCCAAUGUGUUGGCAACCUUUAUUCUUCUGGAUCUUGUAGUUCUUCUUUUGAUAUGGACUUCGAUAAUCCUUUUGAUUUUUGUGAUGAAUCAUUUUAUGUUUCCAAGACACAUUUGAUCUCCAUUUCUGAUGAUGGGAAAAUAUGGAACUGGCUUCUGACUUCUGAGGGGACUGAAGACACUCAUAAGGAGGCUACAAAUGUGGGCAAGGGUGCUGAUGUUGGUGAAGGGCCCGUUUCAGGGACAAAUACCAACAAUAUUGAUGGAACGGCAGACUUGGUUAAACAACCAGACUGUGUGACCAGCAUCAGAAGCCGCUCAUCUAACUCAACUCUAAACCAGGCAGAUCUGUCACCCAAGAUCAGCCUAGUUGGACAGCUUCAGCUUCUUUCUUCGACAGCAACCAUGCUGGCUGUACCAUCCCCUUCUUUAACAGCCACUUUGGCCCGAGGGGGAAACAGUCCUGCUGUAGCAGUUCCACUGGUUGCUUUGGGAACUCAAAGUGGGACAAUUGAUGUCAUUGAUGUUUCAGCCAAUGCAGUUGCUGCAAGCUUCUCCGUUCAUAACAGUACUGUUAGGGGAUUGCGGUGGCUUGGAAAUUCUAGAUUGGUCUCAUUCUCUUAUGCUCAGGUGAAUGAAAAAACUGGAGGCUACAUUAAUAGGCUUGUUGUGACAUGUGUUAGAAGUGGCCUUAAUCGAAAAUUUCGGGUUUUGCAAAAGCCAGAACGAGCUCCUAUAAGAGCUUUAAGGACUUCCUCUUCUGGAAGGUAUCUUUUAAUUUUGUUUCGUGAUGCACCUGUGGAGGUGUGGGCAAUGACGAAGAGUCCCAUUAUGCUUAGAUCGUUAGCUCUUCCAUUCACAGUAUUGGAAUGGACUCUUCCAACAGCACCACGGCCAGUUCAGAAUGGACCUUCUAGGCAAGCAUCAUCUUCCAGAGAUCGUACAUCUGUGGCUCCAGCAGAGGCUUCUUCCCCCAAAACAGCAUCUUCAACAGAUUCUAAGGCAGCGAGCACAGAUGAACCUCAAGAUGACACCUCUGAAAGUUUUGCAUUUGCGCUAGUAAAUGGUGCUCUUGGAGUUUUUGAGGUUCAUGGACGAAGGAUCCGAGACUUCAGACCAAAAUGGCCUUCUUCUUCAUUUGUUUCAUCUGAUGGAUUGAUUACAGCCAUGGCUUACCGCGUGCCUCAUGUAGUUAUGGGGGACAGAUCAGGAAACAUACGGUGGUGGGAUGUAACAACCGGACAGUCUUCUUCAUUUAACACCCACAGAGAAGGAAUCCGGAGAAUAAAAUUCUCGCCAGUUGUUGCCGGAGACCGUAGCCGAGGGCGUAUUGCUGUACUAUUUUAUGACAAUACAUUCUCUAUUUUUGAUCUUGAUUCACAGGACCCAUUAGCCAAUUCUCUCCUGCAACCACAGUUUCCUGGAACCCUUGUAUUGGAACUUGACUGGUUGCCCCUUCGAACUGAUAAAAAUGAUCCUCUGGUAUUGUGCAUUGCAGGGGCUGAUAGUAGCUUUCGACUUGUUGAGGUUAAUAUAAAUGACAAAAAAACUAGCUAUGGGCCCCAUCCUAGAGCUAUUAAAGAGAGAUUCCGGCCAAUGCCUCUAUGUUCUCCCAUACUGCUUCCUACGCCACAUGCUGUGGCACUGCGGAUGAUCUUGCAAUUGGGGGUAAAGCCACAUUGGUUCAAUACAUGCAGCACAACUAAGGAUAAGAGACACCACCUGAUUCCAGGAACUGCUUCAGGUGCAGGAGAUCUCCGCAGUUAUAUGAUUGAUUCACCACCUGUUGGUGACUCUGUGGUGCCAGAGAUGCUUCUUAAGGUGUUAGAACCUUACAGAAAAGAAGGCUCCAUACUUGAUGAUGAGAGGGCAAGACUAUAUGCUGCUGUGGUGAAAAAAGGUUCUGCUGUGAGGUUUGCCUUUGCAGCUGCUAUCUUUGGUGAUUCCUUAGAAGCAAUUUUUUGGUUACAGUUGCGUCAUGCUGUUAACCAUUUAAUGAAUAAGUUAAUUAACAAGUCUCCACAGAAGGCCUCUGUACAAGCAUCAAUUUCAGAGCUUGAUGAUGCAUCUAUACUGAGUAGGAUAACAUCAAAGGGGAAGUCAAUUUCAGGUGCAAGGAAGAGGGAUGCACUGCAGGAUUGUGGUCAACUUAAGUUGAUGACCUUUGAACAAGAAGAGUUGUGGGAAACUGCUAAUGAGCGGAUUACUUGGCAUGAGAAACUGGAGGGAGCAGAGGCUAUUCAGAACCGUGUACAUGAGCUUGUGUCAGUUGGGAAUUUAGAAACUGCUGUUAGUAUACUGCUUUCCACUCCUCCAGAGAGCCCUUACUUCUCUACAAAUGCACUGCGUGCAGUUGCUCUUUCCUCUGCUGUGUCAAGGUCACUGCUUGAGCUUGCAGUUAAGGUUGUUGCUGCCAAUAUGGUCAGGAUUGACAAGUCAUUGUCAGGGACUCAUCUUCUCUGUGCUGUUGGAAGGUAUCAAGAAGCUUGUUCUCAGCUACAAGAUGCCGGAUGCUGGACAGAUGCUGCAACUUUAGCUGCUACACAUUUAAAGGGAUCUGAUUAUGCAAGGGUGUUGCAAAGAUGGGCGGACCAUGUCCUUCACACUGAACACAACAUCUGGAGGGCUCUGAUUUUGUACGUUGCAGCUGGUGCAUUGCAAGAGGCAUUGGCUGCACUUCGCGAGGCAAAGCUACCAGAUACAGCUGCCAUGUUCAUAGUUGCAUGCCGUGAAAUCCAUGCAGAAAUCAUCUCCAAUCUGGGAGAUUCAGAUGAUGAAUCGAAGUCUUCAACCAAGGCUCAGCAGCUUAACUUGCCUGGUUUGGACCCAGAGAACGAAGAUGUGAUUGCAGUUGGUGAAUUUUAUGAGCAGUACCAAAGAAAACUAGUGCAUUUGUGCAUGGACUCACAGCCAUCCUUUGACUGAGCAACAUGGCUUUGUCAGAUGCUGAGACAUCUCUGUUUUUGCAUGGAAAACUGGUCAAUUUAUUAUCCGAGACCAACCAUCCAUGGCAAUCCGAAGAGAGGCUGUUUAUGAUUCAAAGCUCUUUUUCCGGACGCAGAGGUAGAAAUUGUUGUGAUACUAAUACUUGGGAGAAUUGGAAUGUAGGAUGCAUUUGAGCAAGUUGUGGAGAGGAGUAUCUGUGUUGGUCACAGCAACUCUUGGAAAUUCUGAAUCUGCUGUGUUGUAUCCAUUUUUGAAAGAACGAUUCCUGCAAAGUUUGUUUUUGAAAACGUGAAGUGCGACUGCAAGGCUGUUAAUGUUGUAUGGUGGCUCAAAAAUUUUGUGUUUCAUUCAUAUGGAAGAAAUGUUGUCAACACUAUGAUUGUAAUUUUAUUUUCAAAAUAUUCAAAUUGCAUUCUUUUGAAGGAGAUAGGAUAUGGCAUAUUUCUAUGUGUAUAACUUCAAAAUUUGAGCAUAUUAUAUAGCACAUGAUCGGGAAUAAA